UCAUAGGAAACAUAACGUAUGUGAUAUUUCGUGCGGUGCUCGUUUCAAACUUUAUCACUCCUUAUUAGCUAAACCGUAAAAAAAAUUUUGGUUUCUAGAAAAUUUAGAAAUUUUAAUACAUUUAGAAUAAGUAUACUAGCGUGCUCGAAACAAUUUUUAUCAUCAAACGGUGUCCUAUGAAGUUUUAGUAGUGCAUUUCUUCAAGAAAUAGUAAAAAAGUGCAACGAAAUUUUUUUAUUAUCCACGUGUGGAACACAACAGCGCUAGUUAACAAAGGAAGAAAGUGAAUUUUUGGCAGAGUCCUUCAAAUAAGAAAGGCAAAAAGUAACCACGACGAAGUUAACACAUGCACACAAAUCCACGUAUCCGGCUGUGAAAAGGCAACACCGCAUAUAUACAAACAUAUUUAAAUAACACAACUCAAGAGAGACUACACAACAAAGAGGUAAACAGAGACAGCAGCGCACGCUAUUAAGGCUAAUAACUCUAAACAAAUUAAGACUGGUUCUGUGCUGAUUUAAAGCGUAAACAAGCGCAAACAACAACAAAAUGGUUAAUAUAGCGGACAGCGGCGGCAAACAUGCUCCACAAGAGAUGGAACAAUUCCUGCCCGGCGAUGGCACCAACAACAAAUAUAAAAUCCAGCCACGGAAAGAUGUCGAACAGGCGCUGGCGUCACCCGAUUUCGAUCCGUUCGCCGAACGCAAAGUGGCACAUCCAACCACUGAUAAUGAGACUCUCACGCAUUUGCUGAAGGCCUCACUGGGCACCGGCAUUCUCUCCAUGCCGAUCGCCUUCAUGUACUCAGGCAUUGUGCUUGGCAUCUUCGCCACCAUCUUCACAGCUUUCAUCUGUACACACUGCAGUUAUGUGCUGGUGAAAUGCGCCCACAAACUCUACUACAAGUCGCGUCGCACGGAGAUGAGCUUCGCCGAAGUUGCUGAAGUGGCAUUUUUGAAUGGGCCAAAAUGGGCACGUGGUUUUGCGCCAGUUGCCAAAUUUUCCAUACUGUUCGGACUGUUUUUGACCUACUUCGGCACCUGUUCGGUGUAUACCGUUAUUGUGGCGAAGAAUUUCGAACAGGUCAUGGAACAUUGGUUGGGCUAUCAAAUUUCACUGCGCCUGCUCAUCUCCGCACUACUCAUACCGCUAAUUCUACUCUCGUGGAUACCGAAUCUCAAAUACCUCGCACCCGUCUCGAUGGUAGCCAAUCUCUUUAUGGGCGUCGGUCUUGGCAUUACAUUCUACUAUCUCGUCAUUGACUUGCCACCGGUAACAACACGCGAAUUCGCCAAUGUCUCCACCAUACCGGCUUUCUUCGCCAUCACCAUAUUCGCCAUGGAGGCAAUCGGUGUGGUUAUGCCGCUGGAGAAUAACAUGGAGAAACCACGUCACUUCCUCGGCAUUUGCGGCGUGUUGAGUCAGGGCAUGUCUGGUGUGACUUUGAUCUAUAUGGCGCUCGGUUUUCUCGGCUAUCUGCGCUACGGCACAGCAACAGAGGAGAGCAUUACUCUGAAUCUGCCGGUGCAUGAGUGGCCCGCGCAAGCUGUCAAGGUGUUGAUCGCUUUGGCUGUGUACUGUACAUUCGGUCUGCAAUUCUACGUGUGUCUCGAAAUUGUCUGGGAUGGUAUCAAGGAUAAGUGCAAAAAGCGUCCAAUAUUGGUGAAUUAUGUUUUGAGAACCGUGCUCGUCACUGCCGCCGUUGUAUUGGCCGUUUCCGUGCCCACCAUAGCGCCGUUUAUGGGUCUCAUUGGUGCCUUCUGCUUCUCCAUACUUGGUCUCAUAUUCCCCGUUUUUAUCGAGCUCAUCACCCAUUGGGACACCGGUUUCGGUGCCUACAACUGGAUUCUAUGGAAAAAUGUCAUCAUUGGUUUCUGUGGUGUGGCAGCUCUCAUUUUCGGCUCCAUGAGCGCCAUCCAAGACAUUAUCAAAGUGUACUCGAGCGAUCCCAAUGCUAGUGUUGAUAUACAAGAGGCCAUCAACAACAUUACAACAACCAGGCUUUAAGCUACAGUAUACAUAUUAUCAGCAAUCUCCGGCUGUGUGGAGAGUUUUCUUUUUUUUUUAAGAAAAAGAGCGCGCUUUUGUUGCAUGUAUUCGCACCGCAAAUCACUACGUCACCGCUAUACCGUUGGAUAAUUUAAUUGAAUUUUAAUUUUUUAUUGUAAAGUACAAAAUAAAUAAUGUAUACAUAUUUGUCGCUAGUAGCUCUACAAUGUAUACCACAUAUGUAUUUAGUAUAUAAAAGGUUAUAUGCCUGUAUACAUAUGUAUGUAUAGUUUAGGCAGUGAAAACAAGGUGCAACAUUUUUUUUUAGAUUAAAAAGACAACGGAAACGUAUAUUAUGUAUAGAAGUGCCUCUUUCUGUGUCUAAACAACAUUUGUUUUAGUUAUGCACAUACAUACAUAUAUACAAGCAAAUUUUUAGCACUACAUUGCCACUCUGGCAACUGUACUGUAAGUAAUUGUAGUUAAUGAUUUCCGUUUAUUCAAUUUCAAUGCAUCCUAUAUACAUAUAUACAUACAUAUACAUAGUAAACGCUAAGUGAAAUGCUAGAUGCUAGUAGAAUUCCUAAUUUCCAACUAAAUAGUUUUAAUUUUGCUGCAAAUAUAUAUGUAUUGUAUUUGAAAUACAUGUAACAACUACCAAUACAUGUAAUGAUUACUAAUUAUUCAUUAUGUUUUAUUGUUGCAAGUUGCUUUUGUACACUAAAUAAGUAGUUAACUUGAAAGGAAUUGUAUUUUUUAUUGUGUUUUAAAAUAUUUU